UCACCAUCUGAGUCUAUAAUUUGGGGUCUUUGGGUUGGGGUCAAGCGUCAAAUAGGGUAAAGAAAAUGGAAGAGCAGAAGAAUGAAGGGCAAAACCUUCCGAUGGUCAUAGCAGUGAAACACCAUCAAAGCAGCAGUAGUAGUAGAGGUAGAGUAGCUGCGGAACUUGCCAAUCACUUCAAUUACUUCCUCGCUGACUACUAUGAUAUCUACCCAUUUCUUGAAAAUUCUUUUGCCAAAUCCCAAGACCUUAAUGGUUUGUCCUUUAAAAUUCUGCAUGAUAUGGCCUCAACCCAAGUGAAUCUGAAGAUCGGAGUUGUCCUCAAUUACCCAUUCAUCAACGAGACGGUCAAGACCCACUUGGAACAAUUGUCGGAGCUGUCCGGUCACAACAUGAUCUUGAUUCAGUGCAGAUCCCCACAAGACAAAGAGAAUCAACAGCAGGCGACAGAGUCAGAGGUUAAACAGCAGGCGACAGAGUCAGAGGUUAGUGGUGUUCGAAAACUCACUGUUGAUCCCAUGAAUCUCUUCUUCCUGGAGGAACUGGUUUCUGCAAUUCUUCCAGCUGAAAAAGAGAGGCACUUGCAUGAGUUUCUCUUCUUCAGGGAUACCAAGAAGGAACAGAAACUCGUUUGCAAAAGCUGCAGAACUAGGACCUUGUCAGAGCCUAGCACCUCACCAGGGCCUAGCACCUUACCAGACCCUAGCACCUUGCCAGACCCUAGCAUCUCAUCAGGGCCUAGCUAUCAAUGUGUUGAAUGUGAUGAGUACAGCUUCCAUAAAAACUGCGCUGAGUCUGUAAAGGAUUCCGAGUAUCUUCGGAAAACAAACGAUUUAGAGUAUCUUCGGAGAAAGAAGCUUCCUAAUCUUAGUGGAAGGGACCGGCCUGAUUAUUAUCUAUUUCCUGAGAAGCAGAAGUGCGAGAAAUGUGAGGUUCGCAACCUUGAAAAUUGUCAUGAUUGCUUGCUCGAAACCAACAUUAAAGGCAAAUACCUGCCCAUCAUUCUCCAUCAUAAGAUGCAUGCACACCCUUUGAAUCUCAUCAUCAUGCCAAUCUCAUAUGGUUACGAGUAUGGAUGCUGUGGUUGCAGUGAAAUUGGCCAGUGUAUCAGCUACAGAUGUUUCGAUUGCAACUUUAAUCUUCAUGUGAGUUGCUGCUUUUUACCAGAAUCUUUCAAGCACAGAGCCCACCGACACAACCUCGUCAUCGCUAGUCAAUUUCAAGGGGAUUAUGUUAGGGAAGAAUACUUUUGUGAUAUUUGUAGGAAGGAGAGGAAUCCAGAGCAUUGGUCUUAUGUUUGUGAAGACUGCAAAUUUGUUGCUCAUGUUGCUUGUGCGCUAGAUCUGCCAAGUUCCUCCUAGAUGGAUGGGUGAAUCAAUGAAUGGGGGAAAGAUGAAGCUAUCACCUGUAAUCUUUUCAUCUUCGUUGGGAGCGUUGAAUUUUUAAUUUCUGAUUCCUCUGUACGGGAUAGUUUGCUUAAUUUUGUUGUUCUGUUUCUGUUAUGUUAUUGCAGUUCAAGUGUUCGAUCUUUUGUCUAAGUGAGAAAGGGCUUCUGUUGCCUUGUUGGUCUUUGUCUUUCCUAGUUGUUUUGGUCUGAUCGAAGUUAUGUAAACAAAAAAAAAGGCCUUAACUUGCAUCGUUUGUGUACUUGUUCUGUUGAUUAGUGUAUUCCCUUGUGCCAUAUUUGAAGUCUUCAACGCAGUGCAAUGCAAUGGAUAUAUCACAUCAAAUAUUUUCACAUGGUAUCCCAAUCAGCUGGAAAACAUUACUCUGCAUGUUUACAACAUACCUCGACAAGAAACCUCUGAUGUGGCAUCACAGAAAAGACGAAGCUAUAUCACCUAUGAUCCUUUCAUCUUCUUUGGGAGUGUUGAAUUCUUAAUUUAUGGUUCCUUUCAACGAGAUACGUUGCUUUGUUUUUGUUUUUUCUGUACAUUGGGACUUCACUGCUUGGCGUUAUAGGGAUUCGAACAAAUAGAUUGCUUAGUU